CCCACCGCCAGUCCGCUGACAUGGCGUCGGCGGGGAGGCAGAGAGUUUGGCUGCUGUUGCUCCGGCUCUGUGCCGUUUCCUUCAUCCUGUUGGGCCGGGCCGACGGCCUGGUAGAAGGCCUCUACUGCGGAGCCCUCUCCUGCUACGACGUGCUCGGCGUGGCCAGAGAUGCCGGCAAGAGUGACAUCGCCCGUGCCUAUCGACAGCUGGCCAGACGCUACCACCCGGACCGGUACCGGCCCACUGAGGCCGGGGAGAACCCCGAGGAGCGGUUCCUGCUGAUCGCCACCGCCUAUGAGACUCUGAAGGUUUGGAAGGACGAUGAAGCCCGAAAGGAUUAUGAUUAUAUGCUUGACCACCCUGAUGAAUUCUACAGACAUUACUACCAUUACUACAAGAGAAGACUAGCACCCAAAGUGGACGUCAGAAUAGUUAUAAUUGUGACAGUUUGUGCUAUAUCACUCUUUCAGUACUACAGCUGGUGGAGCAGUUACAGUGAGGCCAUUCAUUAUCUCACCACUGUGCCAAAGUAUAGAAUCCAGGCUACAGAAAUUGCUAAGCAACAAGGUCUGCUUAAUAAAACUAAAGAAAAAGGGAAAAACAGACGCUCUAAAGAAGAAAUCAAAGAGGAGGAGGAGGAAAUCAUUAAAGGCAUUAUCAAAAAUAACAUUGACAUUAAAGGGGGCUAUCAGAAGCCACGGCUAUUUGACAUACUCCUCUUCCAAAUCGUUCUGGCUCCUUAUUACAUCUGUAGGUAUAUAAUCUGGUACUGCAGAUGGAUUUACCGCUUUCACAUAAAACGGGAAGAAUAUGGAGAAGAGGAGAAAUUGUACAUUAUCCGUAAAAACAUGCGCAUGUCACAAGGCCAAUUUGACAGCCUUGAAGAUCAUCAGAAAGAGAUGUUUCUUGAGAGGAAGCUGUGGUUAUGGGAAAACUUUGAGGUUUAUAAGGUGGAACAAGAGGAAGAACUGAAAAAGAAAGUAGCUUCAGAUCCACGAUGGAAACGGUAUCGACGUUGGAUGAAAAAUGAGGGGCCAGGAAGGCUAACCUUCAUAGAUGACUAAAUACCUCUGCCUUACACCACUGUUUACAUAAAAUGUCUUUUUAUAUUGAAAAAAAAACUCUUGAUAAUGGAACAUAAAUAUCAUUGAUCUAAUAACUCAGGAUUCAGUUUAUACAACAGAUUUACAUCCCUAUUACCAUUUAGAUUAAUCCCCAAGAAAAGAUGUGUUUCCAAAUAUCAAAAAUGUGUAGUGAUUGAAUGGAAUCUGACUAUAUUAUUUCCAUUAUUCAAAUUAUAUUUUUUGAACUGGAAGGACUAACGUGGACAAAUUUUUACAAAAACAUUUGGUUGCUUAUUUUAUAUAUAAAUAUAUUAAUAUAUAGGUGAUAUGGAAAUUGCAUUGACAAAGGUUAGUCUACUGUAGAGUUUGUGGUUGUAUAUUAAAAUGUCAUACAAAUAAAAAUCAAAAUGUGA